UGAACUUCCGGUUCACGGAAACAAGCACCGGCCUUAGAGCAUUUACCAACGUGCUGCCAUCAUGGACAGAGAUGGUAUACUGUCCUACUUCAGUAAUCUGGUCCAUGCAGACCCUGACAUGUCUGCUGCAGUGGCUGCAAUUAAGACGCUAUUGCACUUCCUGGAGGUCAACAAAAUGGAUACUCUGUCAGAGAUGCGUGACCGAAUGAAGGAUGCAAUAUUGACACUGACUGAAACAGACAGUAGUACCACAUCUAUUUCUUCUGCUGGUGAACUGUUUCUACGCUUCAUUACACUUGCCACACUUGAACAUUCAACAAUUCAGGAGUGCCAGAGAAUUCUAGUCAAAAGAGGGAACUUAUUUUUGCAGAAAGUUUCAGAUUCUCGUCAGAAGAUAGCCAGACAGGCUCAUCCCUUCAUACGGGAUGGUGCAACAAUUCUGACCCAUUCAAAAUCAAGAGUAGUAUUACAAGUGUUGAAGGAAGCAGCUGAAGCAAAGAAACGCUUCAAUGUGUACAUCACAGAAUCUCUACCAGAUAAUUCAGGCCGUGAGGUCUCUAAGGAAUUGAUAGAUAUGGGGAUUCCAACAACGGUAGUCCUAGAUGCUGCUGUUGGAUAUGUGAUGGAGAAGGUGGACAUGGUUUUAGUUGGAGCGGAGGGUGUAGUAGAGAGUGGAGGGAUCAUUAACAAGAUUGGUACAUACACAUUAGCAAUUUCAGCUAAGGCUAUGAAUAAGCCAGUUUAUGUUGUUGCUGAGAGUUUCAAAUUCACCCGUCUUUUUCCACUUAACCAACAAGAUGUACCUAAUCAGUUUAAGUAUCAUGCAAGCACACUACGUACGACGACGGACCUAUCCAAGGAGCAUCCCCUGGUAGACUAUACUCCUCCGUCUUAUAUCACACUUCUCUUCACAGACCUCGGUGUACUCACACCCUCCGCCAUCUCAGACGAGCUAAUCAAACUCUAUUGCUGACAUCCAUUAAAGCAUCCAGGAUGUUUGUUUGUCCAGGUUAUUCAACAAGUGAUAAACUCUAUAAAGAUUAUGAUUUUUGACCUUGGUACACUUAUUAAGAGAAAUAAAAAAAAUGAAAUACAAACACACUUAAGAAUUUGCAUAUUUAUUGUUGUCAAUAAUUGUAUGACCAAAAGUAAUAAAGUGACAAGUUUCAUUGUU